AUGCAGGAUCUGGUAUAUCUACCAGAGGAUAGCCAAGUGGUGUCCAAAUCAACCGACCUCGAGUAUCCAGAGCAACAGCAGCAGCCCGAGAUUGAAAAUGCCAAUUCAGAAGAAAUUAGAAGUCCCUAUAGCAUUCCUCUAUCAGCGUUGACGAGCAGCGCUUCGUCAAGUCAAGAAGACGAAAGUACAGGAGUGUCUGAAACACUUGAUUCUUUGAUUUAUGAACAGGGCUUCUCGAUAGCAAAAGGGCAUCCACAUGAAACUGCGAGCGACGUGACCAUUGUGGCGGCCAAAGCAAAACCAGAAUAUACGGGAUGGAUUUCAGAGUUCUGCGAGGAAUACCAAUGCACAUCCUAUAUAUACUCUUUGGACGAAAAGCCCGAAGAAGGUUUCAUGGUUCCUUAUGCGAGGAAAGGCCAUGAAGCCAGCGCCUACCUAAGUUAUAUUAUCGACUAUUACGACGAGCUCCGACCGUACACAAUUUUUAUCCAUGGUCGUCCAGAGCAGUGGCACAAUGAUGUUGGAGGCCCUAGUACUAAAAAUGUACUCGCUAAUCUUCGAUACGAAGCUGUUAGCAUCAACGGAUAUGUGAAUUUGCGCUGUACCAACAGGCCGGGAUGCCCCAGCACAAUCUUUCAAGCAUUUCCUGUUAUGGUCGACUUUGACUAUCAAUACUUGAUUGAUCAAUUACCCCAAAUAUUCAAUGAUCUCCUUGGGAUUGAUCCAAGUGAUGUCCCGUCCGAUAUUGGACAUCAAUGCUGUGCGCAAUUUGCUGUGACCAAGGAGAAAAUCCAAGAGAGGCCUCGAAGCGAUUAUAUUCGAAUCCUAGAAUGGAUCGCCACUACAGAUAUGACCGACAAUUAUGGUAUUGGAUGGCUUAUUGAAAAGCUAUGGCACGUCAUUUUUGGAAUGCCGGCAGUUCACUGCGUCGCUGAAAAUAAAUGCCGCUGUGAUCUGUACGGGUGGUGUGGACCCAACCCUCUCACUAACAACGAAGUUUUGACCCCGAUUUCAUGA